AUGAGAAUCCUCCAGUCGCUGGCCUUCGUGGCCAGCUUCGCUGGCUUGCUGGUAAAUGCUCAAGAUGCCUGCAAGCCCCAAGACCGCACCUUCAGCACCGAGCAGACACCAGCCGGGAAUUACCAGCCCGCCAGUGUCUUCAUGAGCCCGGCCAGCCAGCUCUCGCCAAAGUUCUACAUCUCGGUCGUGAACCUGACUCCCCACCGGUUCAUUCUUGAAAACACCCACUCGUACCAGAUGAGCACCUUCGACUUUGGCGACGUUCCCCAGGGCAAAAGCAGACAGAACGCGAUUAAGUAUCGCAAUAGAAUUGCUACUCAAGACGAUGCUGGCGAGGCUUACUACCGUAUCUACGGAACCGACAAGAAGUUUGCUCUGCGCGUCAAGGGGACUGGGCCCUUGGUAGAUCAGCGGUCCGUCACGCUCGAUCUUUCCGGGAUGAACCUAGGCCAACGCAUCUACCAGUUCCCCGGGGGCGAGUCCUCGGUCACUCUGGUCAUAACCGGCAGUUCCAAAUACGGCUUUUAUGCCUCCCUUCGUCACGACAGAGGCGGGUGGAUGCGUUGGAUAUACAACACCAUCAAAGACAGGCCCGUCCGCCAUCUCUUCCUCCCAGGCACCCACGACUCGGGAAUGUCCAAGAUUACCAACAAGAUCAGGAGCAUCGGAAACUCGUUCAACACCCAAAACCAAGGCAUCAACAUCUACGACCAGCUCCGCGCCGGCGCCCGCUGGUUCGACCUGCGCGUCGGCUCUGUCCACGACGACAACAACCCAGCCCGCAACCUCGGCUUCCACACCCUCCACGUCAACGACGAAACAGCCACGGUCUGCAUCGGCAACUCGGGCGAGUCCCUCGACGAAGUCAUCUCCGAGAUCAACCUCUUCACCCGCGAAAACCCGGGCGAACUCAUCUUCCUCAGCGUCCGCUACCUCAUCGGCCGCUACGAAACCCCCGACCGCGGCCCCAUCUACUGGGGCGCCCAGCUCUGGAACGACUUCCUCUCCAAGAUCCGCGGCGUCAACAACCGCUGCCCCAACCUCGACACCUCGGUCCCCUUCCAGAACCAACCGGCCUCCUACUUCAUGGACCGCAACGACGGCAAAGGCUGCGUCAUCUUCCUGCUUAACGGGCAGAACCUCAAGGACGUGCCCAAGGAAGCCGUCGGCGACGGGCUGUACGCCCAAAACAGGAUCGGGGUCAGGGAUCACUGGUCCAACAUCCAAGACAUCAACGCCCUGGCCCCCGAUCAGAUCAGCAACUGGAAGGACCUCAAGCGCGGCGGGGACAAGGACUUUGGCCAGUUCCACAUCGCCCAGUGGCUCGCCACCCCGAACGCGGUGGCGUCAACGGCGUAUAGCCUCCAGGGCUUUGCCAUACAGCAGGUCAACCCGGCUUUGUACUGGGCGGGCGUGGCCGGGAUGAGCCCCGAGUCGUGGCCGAACGUCAUGAUGGUGGACUACAUUGGCGUUCAGCAAAGGGACCAGAUGAGUUGGAACAUGCUCAGCGCCGAGAUGUACUGGCUGGGCAUCGGGAUGAACUUGUACGUCAUCAGUGAGAACUGUGACGUGAACAAGCUGAAGAGUCCGUUGGUCAAGGCGAGGGAUCUGGAAUCGGCGGGAGGGGAGAAGUCUUGGAAUGGUAUCAUAUUCGCCGACGGCAGGUCGAUCGAUCAUCCCUCCCCCGAGCUCCACCCUGGCCACACAACUAUUCUUCGUAACGGCACCAUCUUCGCGAAUGGGACUGUCUUGGAGACAACGAUUCCGAACCCUUGGAUUUGA